AUGCCUGCUGUAACUACACCCUCCGUGGAGGAGCAAAAUGAAGCCGAUCAAAAGAUGUGGAGCGCAUUAAAGCGCUAUAUAAUACGCGAAAGACAAAGAAAAAAGGAAGAAUAUGAAGCAGAAGUCGAAGAGGAGAGACUCCGAAAGGAGAGGGAAGCAAGGGAGAGGCAAGAUGUCAUGACACUUGAGGAAACAAAAGAACAAAUUGAGCAGUUGGAACAGAAGCUCAAACAGCUUGAGAAAGAGAAACAGCAAUUGUUUAUGCAACUCAAGAAAGUAUUGAAUGAAGAUGAAAUUAGAAAGAGACAGCAACAAAAGGAAACUAAUGACUUUUCCAGCGAGAUGCAAUCCAUGAAGAUGCAACCGAUGGGCAACAUUCAGAUCCCAAUGUUCCCGCUGUCUACCUCCACUGGGCAAGCGGAACCACCGCCACAAGGCAGACCACCACCUCUAACCUCCCAUAUGAUGACCAAGCAUAAGCAUUCAAACCACAUGUUGUUCCCACAACAGCAGACUAUUGUGCGAGGCCCCAUACAGUCGGGCGUGAAGAGACCUCGUAGCCCCUCACCCACAUACGCGCUCUACGCGCAUCGUCUGCAUCAACCUCCUAUGAAGCACCAACAAGUUUACUCCGAUCAUAAGGUAGAAGAUGGCCGCAUGGGCCGUCAGAUGGCUCGCGCCGUGCUUUGGAAUAAGCCAUCUCAAUACGCGUCAAACGUGGGAGGUUCUUCCGUAUCAUCGAACGCGUACUACGCGAUGCCGACGUCUGGCGUAGUGGGCGUAGUGGGGGAGCGUCCCCCUCCCCUGCUGUACGCGCACCACGCGCACACGCCGCACACCCCUCACACCCCCCACACGCCGCACCACACGCUCAUGUACCCGCCCGCGCCACAACCUCCACAACUGUACCUGGACAUGUUGAAGAAUAGAGACGGGCAACAACAUCAGGAGCAGAAGAAGGAGGCUCAGCCACAAGUGCUGAUUGGUCUAAGCGAGGCGCACCAUCCGUCAGUGAGUAGUGGGGUGGCAUAUGCCCAGCCACCGGUGUCACGUCACCUCUCCAUACACCCACCGCCGCAACAUAACAACAUGCAGAGCCAAAUAGACCGUAGCGGCUUUCCUACUCGCAAAAUUUACGUCGAAGCCGGGCAGCAUAACGCAAGGUUACCCGGUGCAGCAGUCGAACAACGUGCAGAACCCCAGCAUGUACCCGAGCAGACACCGCUACUAGGCGCCCGCCGCCGCGCCGCGCCCGUGCACCACGUCAAGAACAUUCUGCUGCGGGCACUCGUACAUCAGCUGUUGAAGUAA